AACAGGGCAGUUUCAUUCGAGAUGCAGGAAACGGCAACUACACCCGUGUUCAGCCGAGCUGUUGUCGCGGUCCCGUUGCCUCACAAGCGUAUCAAGUCCAUCAGACCUGGCGAGCACCGCUGUCUCUACUAAGUGACUGGUCCUGACACAUCUAAACAGAAUUCGAAUUCGGCGAGCAUGGUUACAUUGGGGACGCCAUUACACUUACAUUUGCUAACGGCACCAAGACCCCGGCUGGGCUACACGCUUUUCGCCUCCAAAACGGGUUGCAAGUGACUUACGGUUAGAUUAACGGACUUGCAGGCGAUUUCUACGCCACGAAGGACCCGAUCUGCAUGGGAGAUACCCUCGAGGAGCAAAUCAAGCGGUUCGGGGACGCCUACAUUUCGCUAGCAACGGACACGAAACGACAGCCGAAAGAAGCGCAGGACAUUCUCGCUAUCCUGCAGGUUGAGUUCGAGGCUGUUAACGAAGCAGUGCGCCUUCGCAGAGACCCCUCCAUUGUGCACCACGUCAUUCCGGAUCCCAGCUUCCAGCUGGCGAGAAUCAUGGCCACGCGCAGCGCCAACCCGGGCUAUCUUGGUAUCUCCAAGAUCAACUUUGACCAUUUCGGUCAGGAUGCGCGCACAGCGUACAACGCCGGCCACACUUAUGCUUUGAUGGCAGCGGCGGCAGGCAACCUGAUGGGGGCGUACACCUUGAACGCCUUCGCGGAUCACUUUCUCGAGGAUCUGUUUUCUGCCGGGCACCUUCGCACCCCACGCCGGAUGCUGCAUGCGGAUUAUGACAUUGCCCCCGAUUACUGUGCCAAGGCAUGUACCCGUCCGUUGCUGGCUCUUAUGCAACCCAGCGGCGAAACCUGGACCGCGUACGGUGACAAGCGAGCGCUGGACGCGGUGAACAAAGAGAACCUGGAGCGGUGCCUAGCCGCGGUGCAAGCGUCGGCGGACGAGAUCUAUGCUGCCUAUUUGACCAGGCAAGUGCCGAAUCCGGUCGACUUCCGGGCAUGGAACCAUGCCCCGACGCUCGAUCUCCGGCGGCUCGACAUCGAGAACCGAAGGCAAGCCCAGUUCACGAGUGACUGGUGGUUCGAUACUACUGCGGUUUCGAUCAAGUCUAGCUCGUGGUGGGGUUACCCAAUGUCGCUCGACGGACCGCGCAAGAUCAUUCCUUGGACUGGCAUCUCUGCGUGUAAUACCGGAGGUCUGCAGAAUACCAUGGUGUUCUAUCAGGAUUCUGCUGGCGGCAUUCAUCAGAGCAGGUUCGUCGACGGAGUGUGGUACGGAGGACCUACUGCGCCGGCACUGCUGACGGCCGCCUCCUUUUCUGCACUGGCCUCCGUCAGUUGGGAUGGUGGUAAUGGGGCUUCCCUCUUCUGGGUGGAACCUGGAACCUAUGUUGUUCACGAGCGGAGGUAUGCGUCCGGUCAGUGGACUGCUGGUCCCCUCGGGUCUCUAGACGUCAAAGUAGACUGGUACGCAUCAAUGGCAGCCGUCUCGUGGGCUACUGGUGGAACGAGGUUCGUGCGCUUGUACCUACAAGAACGCGGUGCUGCUAUGAUACAGGAGCUUGCAUUUGAUACCACGCGGGGCUGGAGCCGUGCUUCUCAGUUCCAGAACGUCAUGAGAGGAACCGGUCUGGCUGCGGCUGCAUUUCUUAACGCUGACGGAACCGCGCUUAGCCAGAUUCAUGUCUUCCAUCAGACACCAGAAGCAACCAUUCGUGACUGUUACUGGGACUACAACACUUCCAUAUGGUCUAUGAACCCCCUUGUGCAAAUUAUGGACGCUGCCCCAGCUACUUGCAUCUCCGCCGCCACCUGGCCCGGCGGCGGUAGCAACAUUACAACCAUAUUCUACUCUGAUACCCAGGACACCCUUUGUCAGAGGGUCUCGGGUGAUUGGAACUCGACCCGGAAAAUUGUGGCCCCACCUCUUUUGAGUACCAUGGUCGCUGCCGUCCAGGCGAACAACGACCAAUCUCUGCCGGCGGCCAAUGGGUUAGAUCUGUUCUUGCCCUCUCUUGAUGAGCACACUGCGCGCAUGCGCUCGUCGCCUUCGUAG